ACAAAACUCAGACCUGACCCUGGAGGGAGAUUUGAGCGCGGCGCAGUAAGGGUAGCUGCCCUCAAACUGUCCGAGACUGAAGUGUUUUGGUCAAUUUUUAGAUAAAUACUGGCCGCCAUGUCUUCAGACAGCGAUAUACAAACGACAACCAGAGGAUUCUGCUGUAAGCUGUGUAACGUCAACUUACCAAACUUGCCGAGUGUGGAGCAGCAUGUGAAGGGCCGGAAGCACCAGACGCUGAGCACCGUCCGCUCCACCAGGAAGAGCCACGAGGAGCACAGCGUUUUCGUCAGCGGCAUCAAACCACAAAUCUCCUCGACCGACCUGACCGAGUACUUUGAGCAGUUUGGUUCCGUCUCUGAUGUCAUCGUGGAUAAGGACAAGGGGGUGUAUGCCAUCGUUCAGUUCAGUGAGACACAGAGCAUCCGGGCGGCUCUGGCCUGCGUCGAGCACCAGCUCAAAGGCCUGAAGCUGCGGGUUAAACCUCGGGAAAAGAAGGAGUUCAAACUGAUUCCCAAGAAGAAGAACGAUCCUCACAGCCUCCAGCAGAUCUUUGACCGGCUCAAGCCUGAGCUGUGUCAGCUUUCUUCGGUGGAUGCCCAGAUGAAGCUGCUGGUGGAGCGACUCCAGCUGGGAGAAAAUGAAAAGAAGGCCAGAGGGUUGGUGGUCCAGCUCCUGCAGGAGGUCUUUGUUGAAUUCUUUCCAGACAGUCAGACUUUGCUCUUUGGUUCAUCCGUCAACACUUUCGGCAUUCACUCGUGUGACUUGGACCUGUUCCUGGACCUGGAAAACACCAAGACGUUCCAAGCACGGGCUAAGACCUCCACAGAGCAGACAGGCGAAGGCGUGUCGGACGACGGCCGCUCGGAGGACUCCAUCCUGUCCGACAUCGAUCUGUCCACGGCGUCUGCAGCCGAGGUCUUGGAGCUCGUGGCCACCAUCCUGAAGCGCUGCGUCCCCAGCGUGCACAAAGUCCACGUGGUCAGCACCGCUCGCCUCCCCGUCGUCAAGUACCAUCACCGCGAGCUCAACCUGCAUGGAGACAUCACGCUGAACAACAGACUUGGUGUGAGGAACACCCGCUUCUUGCAGCUGCUGUCGGGGCUGGAGGAGAGGCUGAGGCCUCUGGUGUUCACCAUCCGGUACUGGGCCAAGCAGAAGCAGAUCGCUGGUAACCCCAGCGGCGCCGGCCCGCUCCUCAACAACUAUGCCCUGACUCUGCUGGUCGUCUUCUUCCUGCAGAACUGCCGGCCGCCGGUGCUGCCCACGGUGGACCAGCUCAGAGACAUGGCCUGUGAGGAGGAGGAGUGUGUGAUCGAUGGCUGGAACUGCACCUUCCCCAGUCAGCCCAUUGCAGUGCAGCCCAGCCAGAACACUCAGGACCUGUGUUCUCUGCUCGCCGGUUUCUUCUCCUUCUACACACAGUUUGAUUUUCCCAGCAUCGUCAUUUCCCUCAGGCAGGGCAGCGCGCUUCCAAUCACCGACUUCCUGUCGCAGGCGAAAGACGGCGACGCACCGCCGGAGGGGCCUCCCACCGAGCCUAAGCUGGGCCCUCUGAACCUGUUAGACCCCUUCGAGCUCUCGCACAACGUGGCCGGGAACGUGAACGAGCGCUCGCUGCGCAGCUUCCAGAAGGCGUGCCAGGAGGCCGACAGGUUCUGCCGCAGCCUGCGCUACCAGAACAAGAGCACCAAGGGCAAGUCGUGGGGCCUGGGCCGCCUGCUGGCCCCGCUAGGCGACGCCCAGCAGGCCCACCCGGAGCGGCUCAUCAUCACCAUCCCCUUCAGGUCCGCCCCCCUCCCAGAGGGGCUCCGCGGGGAGCUGCACUCGGCAGGAGACGGUUUCAGGCUGCUGUGGUCCAGGAAGGUCUGCUCCGCCGUGGAGGUGGUUCUGAAGACCGUCCUCAGGUGUGAGCUGGAGGUUUCCACAGCAACCGGGGCGGAGGAGAUGGAGACCACGCUUAACGACAGCACCCAGAGCGUGGAGUCUCAGAGCGACGGCAGCCCUCGGCGCGUCGGCGCCAAGAGGCCUCUGUCGUCCGGCAGCGACGACUCAGCGACGCCUCCUGGCAAAAAGCAGAGACUGGCAAGAACGACGAAGACCGACUUCCCUCCCUGGAUCUGUGUCCAGAAACACGCCGUGUGGGUGGGCAGGCGGAAGGUGAGGCGGGAGCUGGUGAAAGGUCCAGACUGCAGACCUGAGGGCAGCUGCCUGGAGCUGGAGUCCCAGGUCACAGCUUUCAUCGCCGACAAAGAGCCAGAGCUAAAGGAGCCCCUGGAGUUCAAGGUCUGCCCCCAGACAGUGGGCGGGACAGAAAACACCAGGCUGCUGCUGAAUGUAGAGCCAGGAAGUGACAAGGCAGGGAUUUUUCACGACUUCUUUCACUUCCUGGAAGUGUUUGUUCCCAAGAUGGUGGAGACGGUGCUGGAGAGCGGAGCGGGCAGCGCUUAGCGCCUGACCCUCUUCACAUCCGUCACCAAUUACGACACAAAACACAAACUCUGGAGGGAGCAGGGAGGAGAUCUGCUGGUCGUUUAUAUUCAACUGCUCAUUUCUUACUGUAUAAAUGUCCAGUUACGCCGUUUGUCCUGUGAGUUGAUCAGAUGGUUGAGCCUCUUAAAGUUUGAGACUUGGUAUUGUUCUUGAUUUGAUCUUAUUUCUAUGAAUCCUUCCAAAUUAUGAAAAUAAAUAAAUACAA